AUGGGUGCCAUCCCAAGCGGCGUGCACAGCGGGGUGGGCCUGGCGGCCUACAGGCAGGCGCGGCGGGGCUUCGCCAGGAGGGUGGCAGCGGGGCUGAAGCCGUCGUCCCUCAGAGUGCGAAGUGACAAGUCGAAUUUCAACGACAUAAUAAGUAGGUACUUCCCGAAUGCGAAGCUGCGAAGGGGUCCAAGCAGGCGUAGCGACGGCCCAAGCAACCACAGCGCAGGGGAGAAGUACUUCUUGUCCGCAAAAAUGAAAAGAAAGGCGGGCUUAAGCGGCGGUAAUAAGGGUGUCGACUUCGCUGCGGUGGAAGCGGGAGGGGGGGCCUCCCUCCCGGUGAGCGGCCUCACAGAUUGUAAGGCAACCCCGGCGUCUGAAGAUGCAGCCACGGACGCAGACAUAGCCACCGCCGCAGCCACCGCCGCAGCCACCGCGGGAAGGACAGAGCCGAUGGAAAUUUCGAAGGAGGACCACCAAAUACAAAAGUACAAAAAUAAGCUGCACAAGAGAAUCUGGAUUUGCCUUAAGCGGAACAACGAAAAGGAAUUUGAGAGACUGCACAGCGAGCUGAGCAGGUACCACCUAAAGGAUGAAGUGUCCUACUCGAUUUUGCUGCAUGGGAGGCUCAUCAUUUCCAAAGGGGGGGAGAUAAAGGAGUGCUUCAAACUGCUCGACGAAAUGAAGCAAAACAAGGUGCACCACUCAUUAGUACGCUUAAACGAACGGCUGCUGUGCAGCUACUACGAAUUGACAAAGUUAAAUGCGAAGCCGAGCAACAAGCAGUGGGUCAAAAUAUUGAGGACCGUUUGGUUCACCUCUGCUUUGAUUAAGGCGAGGAGGCAGAAGUUCGUUCUGCGGAAUUUGUCCCAAAUUGGGAAGAUGAAAGGGGAUGGCAACUCUGCUUUGCUCAGCAACUUUAACAAGGUGUUUAAUAUCCACAGUUUGAAGUCGCUGUACGUGGGGGGCGGGGACCCCCUCCUCGGGGGGGGGGCCCGAUAG